AUGGUGGAGAAGCGGUGCCCGCGGUUGCAGCGGGACGGCGUGUACCGCUGGUUCUCCGAGCUGCCUUCCCCGCAGCGUGUGGAGUUCCUGUGCGGCCUCCUGGACCUCUGCAUCCCGCUGGAGCUGCGCUUCCUAGGAGCCUGCCUGGAGGACUUGGCCCGCAAGGACUAUCACUCUCUGCGCGACUCCGAAAUCAAGGCCAACAACCCCGCCGACCUGGGGAGCCUCACCAACCUGACGGACGAGGUGGUACGCAGCAAACUUUUGGUGUCUCUCGCCCUGCUUGGCUCUGCCCACCGAGAGGCAGCCGGGGUCCUCUUCCGUACGCUCACCCACAUCGAUUCUGUCAUUAACAACUAUGGGCUACAACUCAAUGAGGGCCGCACAGGGGAUGAGUUCCUGUUGCUCUUCACUAUGGCAUCCAACCACCCUGCUUUCAGCUUCCAUCAGAAACAGGUGCUCAGGCAAGAGCUCACCCAGAUACAGAAUAUCAUGGCCAGCACCAGCAAGAAUCCUAGCACCUCUACCCUCAACACCGUGGCAACCUAUCCUGGCUGCCAUAAGGUCACUCCAAGGUCUGAGACCCCCAUCAACAGCGUCAGUAACAGUUUGGAAAAUGUACUCCAUACAUCAACACAUUCCAUUGAGGAGUCAUUACCCAAGAGGCCUUCAGGGAAACACUCCAAAGUGAGUGUUGAAAAAGUGGAAUUGAAGGGACUGGCACAGAAGAAGAAUGAAAGAACUGUGGAGUAUUCCUUUGAGGUCCUGUGGUCUGAUUCUUCGGUGACGUUGGUAACCAAAUCUUCCUCUGAAGUGACUGAAUUUAUUUCAAAGCUAUCUCAGUUGUAUCCUGAAGAAAACUUGGAGAAAUUCAUUCCCUGCCUAGCUGGUCCAGAUUCAUUUUACCUAGAACGGAACCACAUGGAUCUGGAAUCAGACCUUAGGUACUUGGCACCCUUACCUUCCCAUGUGGUGAAAAAUGACCACGUUAGAAAGUUCUUCAGCACUUCAUCUCCUUCACAGCAACUUCAGAGUUCAAAUUCUGGCAACCCCUCUCUUUAUAAAGUGGGAACUACGCUGGGAACAUCUGGAAGACCUGUCUGUGGUGUGGCUGGCAUUCAGUCUUCUCAGAACCACGUCCAGCACUCAGCUGCUGCUCCUGUUGCACUGCCCCACUGUUCCCACGCGGGAGGCACCGGCUCGUCGCUGGCCUAUCGCACCCAGAUGGACACUUCUUCUUCACCCAUGUUGAUGUCUUCCAGUCCACAGACCCCUCAGACACAGGAGCAAAAUGGGAUCUUAGACUGGCUCAGGAAACUGCGGUUGCACAAAUACUACCCUGUCUUCAAACAGCUCACGAUGGAGAAGUUUCUGAGUCUUACUGAGGAAGACCUGAAUAAGUUUGAAUCACUCACUAUGGGAGCAAAGAAGAAGCUCAAGACCCAGCUCGAGUUGGAGAAAGAAAAAUCAGAGAAACGGUGCCUGAACUCCACAACACCUUCGGCAGUGACCAGCAGCGGCGUGGCCAGGGUUCCCCCUACCACCCACGUAGGGCCUAUCCAGAGCAUUCGUGGCAACCAUGCUGCAGAGCUGCGAGUGGAUGUGGAUCAGCCAGCCCACCCACUGCCCCGUGAGGGCAGCUCUUCUGAGUACUCCAGCUCCUCUUCCAGCCCCAUGGGGAUCCAGACAAGGGAGGAGAGCUCGGACAGCGCCGAGGAGAACGAGAGACGUUUGGAGAUUCACCUGGACGGCUCAGAAAAGGAGAAGCCAGUGAUGUUACUGAACCAUUUCACUUCCAGCUCUGCCAGACCCACGGCCCAGGUCCUACCAGUGCAAAACGAUGCAGGUUCCAAUCCAUCUGGCCACCACGCUCUGCCCAUGCAGAUGAUGUCGGCAGCCUCUACUCACAUCACCCCCAUUCGGAUGCUAAAUUCAGUGCAUAAAUCAGAGCGUGGCAGUGCAGACAUGAAGCUACUUUCAUCCUCUAUGCAUUCUCUUUUAUCUUUAGAAGAAAGAAAUAAAGUUUCCUCUGGAUCUAGGGGCAGUAUAAAAAUGGAAAAGAGCUUUGGAAACGCAGUGGUGGAUGUCAUGUCUGCAUCUUCUCCGCACCAGCCCUUGCAAGUGCUCUCAGGGGCUGCUGAGAGCAGCUCGCCCACAUCUACUAUUAACUUUGGUCCACGAACCAAAGUCGUGCACGCUUCGAGUCUGGACAGAGUGAUGAAAACAGCUCAGCAGCCAGGAUUAAUAGUAGAGACCAGCACUGCUGCCACUGUAACAUCCAGCACAGUCUUCCAUGUGGCUCGUCCACCCAUCAAACUCCUGGUGUCUUCGUCUCUUCCUACCGAUUCUGCCAUUGCUGGGCAGACUUCCUGCUCCAGUAAUAUGCAAAUAACGGUGUCCCCUGCAAUAAUCAACCCCCGGACUGCUCUCUACACAGCCAACACCAAAGUUGCCUUUUCUGCAAUGAGCAGCGUGCCAGUGGCGCCCAUGCAAGGCAGCUUCUGCGCGAACAACAGCAACGCAGCCUCCUCCAGCAGCCACCCCUCCACUUCCUUUGCCACCAUGGCCAACCUGCCCAGCUGCCCCGCACCCAGCUCCAGCCCCACGCUCUCCUCUGUCGCCGAGAACAACUUCUACAGCAGCAGUAGCAGCAGCAGUAGCAGCAGCAGCAGCAGCAGCAGCAGUGGAUCUGCAGGGAGCAUCCCGGUACCAAACCAGAACCACCACCACCAUCACCACCAGCAGCCGCAGCCGCAGCCACCCGGCUGCAUGGUGUGCAGCUCCUGCGGGUGCAGCGGCAACUGCGGCUCCAGUGGCAUGACCGUCAGCUAUGCCAACUAUUUCCAACACCCCUUUUCAGGACCUUCAAUGUUUACUUUCCCAUUUCUGCCCUUCAACCCUUUGUGUAGCAAUGGCUACAUCAACACGCAGCAGUACAACAGCAGCACCACCUUCCCCGUGGUCCACACCGCCUACAACAGCGGCAUGGCGCCCGACUCCGUCAUGGCGGGGCAGUCGACGUUCGCGGUGCCGCCCAUGCAGAACUUUAUGGCAGGGACAGCAGGGGUGUAUCAGGCACAGGGAAUGAUGGGAAAUGGCAACGGUUCCAGUCACAAAAAAAACGGGAAUCUCUCCUGUUACAACUGCGGGGCCAGUGGGCACAGAGCUCAGGACUGCAAACAGCCUCCCAUGGAUUUCAAUCGGCAAGGUACGUUUAGGCUGAAGUAUGCCCCUCCCUCCGAGAGUCUCGACUCCACAGACUGA